AUGGUUUCCCGCCACUUUUCGUUGGUGGAUAAAGAAGAUUCACGACGUCGAUAAACGAAUAGAUCUUGUUAUCGAUUGCAAACUUUAAAGGAAACUAUUUAUCGAUAAAUUCUAAACAACAAUUUUCUAAUUCCCUCUUCAAACGUAAUCGAAGAAAUGCGUUUAAAAUUCGAUGAUGAGGAUCCUCCAACAAAUGUGGUAAAUGCGUCAUUUUUGAUCAGAUAGAAGCCGAAUAAUUCAUUAUACGAAUGUGCAGUUUACGAUUGUAUGAAAAAGCAUCGUAUCUAUCUACAAUAUUCCCUCAAUUCUUCUAACCCAUGAUUGACCUUGAGCUUGACCUUGGGUGUGUUCUCGACCUACGAAGACGAACGUGUCGAACGAGCCCUGACCUAACCUAUUCUAGGCUAUGUCUCCGUUCUCCGUAUACAGACAAAGCCUAGGAGAGGCUAAAUCAAGUUACUCCGUUUCACAGAAAUUAUAUCACACUGUCAUCUUAUAACCGAAAGAAGUUAAUUUUAUAUUCAAAACGUGACCAAGCGAUGGCCGACGUAAGAAAUGAAAGGCAAGUGUGCAACGUAGCCAACCGACGAAGAAGAGGAAGAAAAAAAGAGCCAGUCGUGUCGGUACACGCAUUUUUUCGAGGAAGUUCUUUUUACGGCAGUGGCCCGCACGGCACAAAGAAAGCGUGUCACGCCUAAAAAUACGCGAAGCACGCAGGUAGAUGUGAAAAGGUCGUAGGGGCCGGGAGAGAGAACAAAAAAAGAAGAGAAGAAAAAAAAAACAGAAAAAGAAGGCAAAGGAAUUGCACAAGAGCAGCGAUUUGGUAUUCAAAUCGCUAGGCAUGUUCCCGCCUCUCUCGCAGCGCAGGUCCUCCUCUCGUAAUAGUUAUACGAAGGUCUCUUCGUUUAAGUGUUUUCUCUUCUUGUUCUUCUUUCUUCUCCUCCUUUUCAUGCUUCUCCUCGUUAUUCUGUUAAACCGCCUCCUAACACCGAAUCUUUUCUACCGAUUGCACUUUUUGCUUCAUCAAUUUCCAUUGUUUUAUAUUAAAUCAUUCUUUUUUUUACAUUAUUGCGCUUUAUUGCAAUCCUUGUCUCUUUUUUUUUAGUUAUAUACAUUUAAACACAGAAAGAAACAAAGUUUAAUUAGUCACUUUGUUAGAUUGUUAAUUUUGAAGAAACGUUUGUUCGCAUUAAUAUUGAAUUAUUCGUUCACUUGCAGAGAAACGUCUAUAUGGAGACGGAUAUAAAGGCUUGCUCGAGAAAUUUCAACGCGGCCACUGGCAGCAGAGGCGUGGAGACUUCAACGACCGCACGUGCGAUAUCCGAGUGGCGCAGUUACAUAAACGGAACCAUCGAGAGAGGCUCCGGUGAUUUCGUAUUUCCGAGUGGCUCGCUUUCUCUCUUCGUAACUAUGAAAUGAAGCCGUCGUUUCAUCGUCCAAGAAAAGAACGAGCUCUAUCCAACUCGCUGCUUCGUCACGAUCGCUGAACCGGAUCCUGAGCGUUCACCAAGGGAAAACCGUAUCAGAUCGAUGUCACCGUUUACCUGGAACGAACUGUUUAUGUCUGCUCACCGUUCGAAUCAUCAUUUUGCCAUGGAAUUUGUUCGAUGACGAAGAUCGAAUCACGGUACCAAGUAUGAACCGUGUAUCGUCGCACCUCACUCGAUAGAAAUCUUGGUCACAGAAGAAGAACGCGGAAUUCGAAGGGAACCGGUGCGUCGAGGCAGAUCCACGCGACGAAAUCGUCAGGAUGGCACACCGAAAUCACGUGUCCGUGGAAAAAAAGCAAAGUGUAAGAAGCGGGUAAGAAAGUCGGCGAUCGGUAUACGUGGCACCGGAUUGGCCGCCGGUGGCAUACCCCGACGACACGCACGGUGUGCGCGCACAUCGGCAACCUGUGCACCCACUAACCACUAACCACCGAACCACGGGAGGCUAAGGUGUGCGCGCGCCAGGAUAAUAUAUGUAUCUACGUGCGUUAACCACGUGAGAGCGGCCAGCAUCUUUCCACGGGCCUCUUUGGUGGGGACUUAACCUAUGGACUGCUCUCUCUAUCUCUCCCUCCUUCUGCUGCUCUGUCUUUCUUUUAUGCGAACCUUGAAUUCCCGGGAAAUUCGCAAAAAUCUUUGUAUCAACGAAUUUCAAACGUUUUAACUCUUUAUUCGGGCAGAGAAGAAGGAGGGGGAAAUAUUCUCCCGGAAACGAAGGGCAACCGAGUCCGCAAAUUAUACUUCCCUUAUCUCGAACUGAUCGAUCUAUAAACGGAGGACCGUUUUUAAUUUCGUACCAAGUCUAAAUCGCAUCGGUGUCAUAUUUAUUUCAACGUAGUUCAUUUUCGUUACGUGAUCAGCGUUACUUUUUUUUUUUAUCUACAUCGUUGCGUUACCAUUUACUCCGGUAUGGUAGUUAGCGUCGGUGUCUCAUUCGCCAAGAUAGGCGCCUACUUUUUUAUUCGCCACCCUGUAGACGACGAGUUCUCACUCAACAUUCCCGGCAAUCUCUGAUCGACGAGUUUUUAUGAGGUCGUACGAACUACGUGAGCCUACCCACUUACCCAGCUGCAUCGCUAAUGUAUGUGUUUAUGCUAUUUGUGGCUGGUGCACGAAAACUGCAUCAGCAUUACGCAUGUUCUAUAUAAAAUGAAUUAUGCAUGAUUGCAACAACUAUGGACAAAAAUGAUUUGUAUAGUUUAAGAAGAUGGAAAAAAUUAACAAACUUAAGCGCCAGGAAAGUUAAACUAUCUUGUUUGUUUAAAGGUAUAAUUUGUGCAAAUUAUUUACAUCUUUAAUUACUCAUAGUUCAGUGAACAUGUUCUAAUGUAUGUAUUGUUUUUAGCUAGUAUCCUGUAUCAUUCACGUAUAUGUAUGUUUGCAAUGUGUGCUUGAAAAUUGUGUGCAGUUAAAAAAAAUCAAAUUUUCUACGAAAUGAUAGGAAUAAAAGGAAGGUUAAGCGAAGCAUGGAGCCAAGGUCAUUGUAUAACUACGAUCGUAUCUCGACGGCUGUGGGUGGUCUAUGAGAUUUUUUGAACCAUGACAACCUUCUGAGAACGCUAAACCUUGAUAUGCUUAAUACUCUAGGAAGAACGAACAUUUUGGUGGAAUUAUUAAUUUUUAAUGACAGUACAGAAAAUAUCGGAUGACUUGCAUAUUAAUUGGAUAAUUACAUUCGUUCCAGGGAUAACCGUUUCAAAGGUUGGGCCAUUCAAACGGGUUACGAUGUUUCAUCUUUUUUUUUUUUGCAUGUAGCACACCAGUGUGCAAUCAGCGUGAGGCUUUAUUUCGCAAUUGGUGGCCAGUAUUCCGAAUUCUCAUUUGCAACUUCGAAGAUGAAGAUGGCGGCAGACUACGAUAAUUUAUUAACUAGUCUGGCAAGUCAAACCUGUUGGUUCCCCGCGGACGUGUUUUGCUGUUCGUAUCCGAACGCGAAGAACUGGUGUCCUUUGAUAUCUUUCUACAGAAAAUUGUCUCUUAAUUCUACGUCCUUUAAGGAUCUUUUCCUUCCAUGGACAUCCCACUUCAGUUGUCAUUCAUUAGAGCGCUGCUUUAUUCCGUGAAUUAAGGAAGCAACAUGUUUUUGAACGUAAAAUCGGGAUACAGAAGACGGAAAAUAAGUUGCAAAAGUUGUCGAGGCGAAUGUAGCUUUCCGCAAGUUGUUCGUUCUCAGGUCACGUCCCGAUGCGUGUCCCUUAAUGUAACAGAAGAGCGUAAGAUAUAAUUUCCAGACGUUUAUUUGGAUUCCAUGGAUUCUUCUGUUGUGCUCUCGGCUCUUAACGGUUUGAUAUUGUGCCGGUACUGUGAUUCGCGAUGGCGAACAGCCAGCGGGUAGGAAAUUCUCCAACAGUGACGUAAAAAGGUAGCGCUCAGGGGCAUUUCUUUAACACGGCGCCACCCAUACGUGGAUCUCUUUUAUAGUUGUACGAAUCAAAACAGAACUGGCUUAUCUUGCUGUUGCGACUUUAUUUCCUUGCGUUUCAGCAACUUUAUAAUUGGAACACUGGAUGCUUACAGAAAAAGGAUUUAGAUCGAGUGUAAACGAGUGAUGGAAAUUGAUAUGCUUCGAUGCUCCAAUUAGAACACGGUCCCUGCAGAUAUGUUAAUCUGGCAAAAGCAUCUGCAUUUAAAUCGUGUUUGUCUGAAAGGUUGCUACGUAUGCCGGUGAUCCCUGACAUUUACACUGAUGCAUUUCAUGUGUGUGUUCGUACGUUGAGCACAUUAAGUGGUACUCAACAUCGACAUGCUCUGUCGACAACACCGCUUACAAAUGAGUCUGUCCCUCUCGUAUAAUAUCGUAUGUCUAAUUUAGAUGCGGCCAACAACUAUAAUAUUUUUAUAUAUUUUCCCUCUGGACACGCGAUAAUCGCCGCGAUAAAUAUAUCGAUACGAGUACGCUUAUUAUCAGAGUGUCGUGUAAUUCAGAAGCUGCAGAACGUUCCUGCCCGUAUUUAAUAACGAGACGCUUUCGAAAGAAAAGGAAGAAUGAAAAAAAUGGGACGAUCCCCAUGGCGUCGAUGCGUCGUGUUUGCAAAUCCGCGUCGGUAUAUUGACAUUCCUUCGGGCGCGUAACAAAAAACGACAGAGAAAAUCUGUUUAAACGUACAAAUAUGAGCGAACUACUAGAUUCCUCUUGCUUUCGUACAACACUUGUGAAAUUAACGCGUAAGACGACGAGUACUUUGGCGAGGGAUGAGCGGCAAGCGCUCAAUUAUGAACGCUAAAAACUGUGGCAACGUGUACAUUGAAAAGCGUUCCUCUAUAAUUGGUAUUCUUAGUCGCCAGAGUUUAUCUAUAUAGCAGAGAAUUGUUUGUUCAGAGAAUAGUGUUUUUUGACAAUUUUUUUUUCUUUUUACAGAAAAGUGAGUCGAGCGAUUGUUCGUUGGAAUGAGAUGCAAUAGUCUGUACAGUGAAUACUGCUGUAAAAAUAUAUUUAAAAAGAACACCUUGGGCUGCUGCAAUCUCCUUUUGGAUGAUAAGAUCGACAUCUAAAAAUAAACGGUUCGUACGGACCAUAUGUGAACGGCUAUGUACGAACGGCAUGGUACCAAAAUUUACGACCAGCUACGGUACCAGGAUUUUAUUAGAUUGGCGCUCGAGGAAGCAAGUUUAACGGGCCGUCGUGGCCAACCUUCUUCUUCUUUCUUCUUCUUCUUCUUCUUCUCCUUCUUCUUCUUUUUCUUCAUCUUCAUCUUUCUUCUCAUUUUUCUAUUUCUUCUCGACAAACGUCUUUUCGAUCCGUUUGCUCGCACUUGUGUGUACUUACACGCUGAUGCCGAUCGUUUUGCAUUUAAAGCAAACAAAAAAAUCACAGUUUCGAUAAAGCAAAAAGCAUUUUUAUUGCAAACCCAACUAUAAAUCAAGUAAAAAGCAAUCGUAUAAGAUAAAUUUAUAUUUUUAUCACGUGAGAUAUCAUUUUGAACAUAUAGAGAUUUGUAGAAAAACAAUGUAAUUGUUUUUUAAAACGCUGAUCGCUCGAUUAAUCAAGUAUAUCGUUACUUGCAGCAUUUCCCUUCGAUACGAUGAGUAACAACGCCGAGACCUUCAGCGAUCGUAGAUGAAGCGUGAAGAUGUAUAAACUGCAUUGUCGAAGGUUGUCCAGCAAGGUCGCGGGUUCCUCUACACAUUGAUGACUACAGAACAGAGAUGAACAAGUAAAUUUUGAAUCAAACAACUACCAAAAUGAAACAUCUGCGAUAUUCGCACUAAAGGGUAUAUCUACGCUUAACAAAAGAACCGACAAUCCCUUCUGUACUCAUGUCCGAGUCAAUUCGCUCGAUAAAUCCUAGCCAAUUCGAGCGCAGCACUCGCGAGCUCAUAACGUGGGCGUGAACUUUUCAAUAAAGCCAGUCUCUCGCGGAUGCUUGAACGCGUAUAUCGGGAUCAUGACACGCCCGCAGAUUCCGAGGUAUCCUCUACGAAAGUACGUAGAGGCAUCCUGUUAGAAUUCCAACCACCUUCCUCGACUUCACAGCGAGGACCUACUGGGUUCUAUUUAUAUACUGCGCGAGACCUGUAAGCUUAGAGCUCGCGCGCUUACAAACUCGGUUUCCGGACCUGUUCAAAGCGCUGUUACGACUCGGUCGUGGUCAUGAAAUGAUCUUUUGCAUCGAUUUGAAUAAUAGUAUACAUUUAGAUAUAGUGGAGGAGUUCAAAAAGUAAGGAAAAGAACAUUCUGAAAUUUCUUAAAAGAUAAAAUAGGAAAACAACACGAUGGGUCAUUUUUGUUAUGAGUAACUGUUAGGUACCUGCAUAGAUUAUAGAACAUUUUUGUCAAGUGUUUUUGUAUAAGCUUGUUGGUUCUGUUUUGUAUUUAAUCUUAGGACCUGAUAGUAGUACCCUGAUUUUACAGGGGAAUAGCUCUUUAACUGCUUCGUCUGCCAAUUUAUUAUUCACUUGGUUAUUACAACCAAACGUUGAACGUCAGAAAGUAAUAGUUGUUUAAUAAUAAUAAUAAAGUAAUUGACAAACUUGUAUUUUAAAAAGACCGCCUUAAAUUAAGAAAGCAGCGGUAACUAGUCGAUAAUUUACCGAUACUUUGAGUUUCGAGAAGGCGGUCGGUAAGUUGUUGAGUAGUUUCCGCCGUUUUCGUACAGAUGGCGCUAGUGGUCCAUUGUUUUUGGCUUGUGUCACUAGUUGUUAGUUUCGCUAUUGGUUUUGCCGUGCGUGUCGUAUGGAAGUGUUUUGAUAAAAUUCAUUUGUUGUUUAUUAAAAAUUUCGCUAGUGUCGUGAAAAGUAUGGCUGAAAGAAUAUCAGAAAUCUUUAAUUCGUUUCAAGAUUAUCUAAAUAACGAAGAAGAAUUACGCGAGGAAAUCCGCGCAGUUGUAAAAGAUCUUGAAAAGAGUGCCAGAGAUAUUCUUAUGAUAUUACAAAAUAUUCACAAUGAGAAUAAUAUGGAAGAAAACAUAAUAGUAUCUCAAUAUUGUGCAGCUGCAAGAGAAUUAUUCAAAGAUGUACGCAAGUAUUCAGAACUUGCAGUAGUUGUACCAAAAGAACAGUACUAUCGAUUUCAUGCAUGGCGUUUUGUCACACAGAAAUUCUGUUUCUGCUCUUUAAUAAUAUAUUUAGAGUAUAAAGUAUUAGUUACCAAAGAAACUGUUGCAGAAAUGCUAGGAGUUAAAAAUAACAGACGAGGUUUUCACUUGGACCUGAAGAUUAUUUAAUGGUUUGUUGCAAUUAUCUGCGAGUGGUAUGUAUGUCUUGUACUCUAAUUGUGUACAUAAUUACCAUUACUUAUUAAGCAUUGUAUUUCUAGUCGUUUUGCCAUAAAUAGUGUCACUAAUGGUGAUUAUAAUGACCCUAUAGAAAUAGCCAGAUUUGUGAGUGAACUAAAUGCAGGCUUUAGACUUUUACAUUUGAACAAUGAUUCCUUAGAGAAACGUUUUGAUGGCUUAAAAUAUGCUGUUAAAAAAGUAGAAGAAGGUUAUGACCUCAGUAUACGAGGUUUAAAACCAUCUUCAAAUUCAGUAUCACAAGAAGCAGAAUAUAUUUUUUAAGAAA